AUGCCUCACUAUCAUAUUCAACACAGAACAACGGCCUUAACUCUUGCUUCUAAGCGUCGUUGUACGGACAUAGUCAAGCUACUUCUGAAGACCCGAUUUGAUGUCUCAGCACGACUACAGGGGAAAUCUGCGAUACAGCUAGUUGCAAGAUACGACUACGCAGAGGUGAUAGCUUUGCUUCUGGAUGCCGGGGCAGAAGUGGGUUUGUCUGAUCUUCUGGAUGUGACAUGCAGCGGCUCUACAGCAGCGGUUCAUCUUGCAGUCCGCCAUGAUCAUCCAGAGAUCGGGUACACACCCAUGGCAUUUGCAAUUGGACUCAAUCAAGAGAAGUGCAUCAAGUACGGCGCUAACAUCGAAUUUGUAUCCCUGAACUGGACAGAACGUCGUGAAAAUUCACUGUGGUGUGCGAUUGACUACAAUAAGGCCCAUCUGAUACCUUUGCUUUUUCAGCAUCGUUCAAACAUAGAAGCGGAAGCUUACGAGUGCAAGAGGCUCCUUCACCGGGCAGCUAUGCAGGGAAACGUUGCAGCGCUUGAAACUCUCCUCACUUCUGGCGCUAAAAAAAAUGCCAGAUAUGCAUGGGAACAAGCAGCCCUGCAUCAUGCAGCCCUAGAAGGUGCCACUGUUGCAAUACUUACGCUCCUGCGGUAG